AUUUGGCCAUUUCCUUAAAAAUACAAUCGUUUAUUACUUAUCUUAUGUUUUAAAUUGUAUAACUUUUAGUGAUUUUACAUAAUUGCUAUAAUAAUUUUCCGUUCUGAAAUAAUCGAUCAUUAUUUUUUUAACACUCGUUGGAUACGCUUAAAAUUUUUUUAGUUUUAUAUUUGAGGACAUCAUAAUGCCUACAAAGAAAAUUAGUGUUAAUAGCCGUAGUUUUGAUGUGUACCAGGACAGAAAUAAGUAUUAUGAGGGCUUACGUCGAAAACGUAUUGAGGUAACUGUUGAGCUGCGAAAAACUUUACGAAAUGAACAAAUGUCAAAACAUAGAAAUAUAGUUUUAAAUGAUAAUGAUGAAGAUGAAGAAGUAGAAUUUAAUCCUGAUCAAGAAACUACUAUUGAUACUAUCAAAGAGUGUUUAAUGGGUAAUGAAUCUCUCUCAAAAAAAUUAAACUGCUUAAAGUAUGCUCGUAAAAUGUUAAGCUCAAGAAAAUGUGCUCCAAUUGAUGACUUUGUUAAAGCUGAUAUUUUACCAGUGUUGGUUGAUUUCUUAACAUCAAAAUAUGAUGACAAAACCGAUUUCCAGUAUGAAUGUGCAUGGAUAUUGACUAACAUAGCAUCUGGAUCAUCAGAAAACACUGUUUCUUUAGUUACUGUAGGUGCAAUUCCAUUGCUUAUUAAAUUACUCAAAUCUCCUGAUAUACGUGUAAUGGAGCAAGCUGUUUGGGCCUUAGGGAAUAUUGCUGGUGACGGACCUAAACUAAGGGAUAUUGUAUUAGAAAAUGAAAUUGUUCCAAUUUUAAAUAGCUUAUUGGAAAAAUCAAUAGAAGUUAGUGCUCAACAAAAUAUUGUAUGGACACUAUCAAAUCUUUGCCGUAGUAAAACUCCUCCUCCAAAUUUUAGCUAUUUACUUCCAUGUAUUCCAUUAUUAGUUAAUUUGUUGAAUCAUAGUGAUCCACAGGUUAUUUCUAAUACUUGCUGGGCCUUGUCAUACCUGACUGAUGGCAGUAAUGAAAAAAUACAAGUAAUUAUUGAGGCUGGUACAUUGAAAGCGAUUCUGAAAUAUUUGGAAGUUGAUGAUACUGCUAUUCUUAUACCUGCACUACGUGUUGUUGGCAAUAUUGUUUCUGGCAAUGAUUUACAAACAAAGCAUGCCUUGGACCAUGGUGUACUUAAAUACCUCCAUAAUCUAUUAAACCACAAACGUAUUCCUGUUGUGAAAGAUGCUGCUUGGUUAUUGUCUAAUGUGAUGGCUGGUAGUGUUGAACAAAUUCAAGCUACUAUUGAUAAUAAUCUAUUACCAGUUUUGGCCAGUGCUUUACAUCGCGGAGAUCUAAAAGUACAGAAAGAAGCAGCUUGGGCAAUAAACAAUCUUUUUAGUGGUGGCUCAGUUACUCAAAAAUCUGCGUUAAUUAAUCUUGGAAUAUUGGAUCCUUAUUGUGGCUUAUUAUUAUCCCAAGAUGCUAGAAUGGUUGAGAUAAUAUUGGAAGGUCUUAAUCAAUUGUUGGAAAAAGCUAGUAAUGAUGGUACACUAGCUAAUAUUUGCAUGUUAAUUGAAGAAGCUAGUGGAUUAGAUCAUUUGGAAGCAUUACAAAAUCACUCUUCUAAUAAAAUUUAUGAAAUGGCAUUUAGUAUAGUGGAGAAAUAUUUUCAAGGAGAGGAUGAAAUUAAUCAAUUCGAUUUUGAAUUACCAUCAAGCAAUAUGAGUCAUAGUGAUUUAUUCAGUUUUGACCACUGACUAAAGAAAAUAUUUUGAAAUUUG